AUGACCCCGACCGCCUCACUUACGGGCUUCCCAGAUGCAAACGUCAAGCUAUGGCUGGUAGGCACUCUCCUCGGUACCGUCGCAUACGGGGUUAUCAUCGUCAUCUGCUUCGGAUGCACUAUCAACUACCUACAAUCCAGUGAGAGGCGAGACGGAUCUCUAGACGUCGGAUACAGAAAAGGGACAACGUUCGGUCGCUUCUUCAUGCCCUACAUCAUCUGGAUGUGUCUUCUCAGUACCUUGGCUGUCGUGUGCAACUGCAUCGCCCUCGUCAAUGUGCUUUUUCCGCCCCCAGGCGGCGUAGGCGACGUCACGACUCGUUUCGUACGCUUCGGGAGUGCGGUUUCGCUUAUAGCUGCUUCAUGGGCGUCAGACGCCUUAGUGAUUUGGCGAUGCGUCAUCCUGUACGAGGACGCCUCUCGUACACUUCGGUUCUCGAUUGACGUUCUUCUAUCUACUAUGGCAUUAAUUUCGCUCGGGCUAGGGUUAACCUACCUGGCAACAUCUCUGACCAUUCUCAAUGAAUUCAUGUUCAUAUUUGCGUUGGCGACCUCCAUAUGCAAUGCCAUCAUGACGACCCUCAUCGUCCUUCGCCUCUGGUACCACCAAAGAUUCAUCCAAAAGGCGCUUGGUAGCGAGUACGCCUCGCCGUACGCAAGGGUCAUCGCCAUGUGCGUGGAAUCCGCUGCACUGAUUGUUGUCUUCAACCUCGCACACGUGUGCUGGCACUUCAACUCAGGUUUCGGCCUCAUCUUACCACAUCAGCUCCUCGUGCACGUCUACGGCAUUUCUGCUCUGCUGAUCCUCUAUCGCGUUCUCGAUGGAAGAAUCCGUGGUGUGGAAAGAACUGACGAAACCAAGCACACCACUCAGCAUGCACGAGUUUCUUUGCAUUUUAGCACCUGCUCUAGUAUUACUGGCUCUAGGAAUGACGAUUGUUCACGAUGA